GGGAGAAGGGAGGGACCAGAGGAGAGAGCGAGAGAGGGCUCGCCAUCCAGUUCGCAGACUAAGCAGAAGAAAGAUCAAAAAACGGGAAAGCGGGGACGAGCAAACAGGCGCUUUCAAGAACAAUCCCCUCAUCUCCAAGCGGACAGCGCUCUAGGAAUCCAAAUUCAGUGCCUACGGAAGACAAAAGGCGCCCCGAGGGAGUGGCGGUGCGACCCCAGGGCUUGGGCCCCGCCGCGGAGCCCGCACGGCCCGGCUGCCCGGACGGUCGCGGACCAUGUCUCUCGCCCCACGACCCGCCCGCAGUCUGCUGCUCCCCCUGCUCGCGCUCGCCUCCGCGCUCGCCUCCCUCAGCUCUGCCCAAAGCAGCUUCAGCCCCGAAGCCUGGCUGCAGCAGUAUGGCUACCUGCCCCCUGGGGACCUGCGUACCCACACACAGCGCUCGCCUCAGUCACUCUCAGCUGCCAUCGCUGCCAUGCAGAGGUUCUACGGUCUGCGAGUGACAGGCAAGGCUGAUGCAGACACCAUGAAGGCCAUGAGGCGCCCCCGCUGUGGUGUUCCAGACAAGUUUGGGGCUGAGAUCAAGGCCAAUGUUCGAAGGAAGCGCUAUGCCAUCCAGGGCCUCAAAUGGCAGCAUAACGAGAUCACUUUCUGCAUCCAGAACUACACCCCCAAGGUGGGGGAGUAUGCCACAUUCGAGGCCAUCCGCAAGGCAUUCCGUGUGUGGGAGAGUGCCACGCCGCUGCGCUUCCGAGAGGUACCCUAUGCCUACAUCCGUGAGGGCCACGAGAAGCAGGCCGACAUCAUGAUCUUCUUUGCUGAGGGUUUCCACGGUGACAGCACGCCUUUCGAUGGCGAGGGCGGCUUCCUGGCCCAUGCCUACUUCCCAGGCCCCAACAUUGGAGGGGACACCCACUUUGACUCUGCCGAGCCCUGGACUGUCCGGAACGAGGAUCUGAAUGGGAACGACAUCUUUCUGGUGGCUGUGCACGAGCUGGGCCAUGCCCUGGGCCUUGAGCAUUCCAAUGAUCCCUCGGCCAUCAUGGCACCCUUUUACCAGUGGAUGGACACAGAGAACUUUGUGCUGCCCGAUGAUGACCGCCGGGGCAUCCAGCAACUUUAUGGGAGCGAGUCAGGGUCCCCCACCAAGAUGCCCCCUCAACCCAGGACCACCUCCAGGCCCUCUGUCCCUGAUAAGCCCAAAAACCCCACCUACGGGCCCAACAUCUGUGAUGGGAACUUUGACACCGUGGCCAUGCUCCGAGGGGAGAUGUUUGUCUUCAAGGAGCGCUGGUUCUGGCGGGUGAGGAAAAACCAGGUGAUGGAUGGAUACCCCAUGCCCAUCGGCCAAUUCUGGCGGGGCCUGCCCGCAUCCAUCAACACUGCCUAUGAGAGGAAGGAUGGCAAGUUUGUCUUCUUCAAAGGAGACAAGCACUGGGUGUUUGACGAAGCUUCCCUGGAGCCUGGCUACCCCAAGCACAUUAAGGAGCUGGGUCGAGGGCUGCCUACCGACAAGAUUGAUGCUGCUCUCUUCUGGAUGCCCAAUGGAAAGACCUAUUUCUUUCGGGGAAACAAGUACUACCGUUUCAACGAGGAGCUCAGAGCAGUGGACAGCGAGUACCCCAAAAACAUCAAGGUCUGGGAAGGAAUCCCUGAGUCUCCCAGAGGGUCAUUCAUGGGCAGCGAUGAAGUCUUCACUUACUUCUACAAGGGGAACAAAUACUGGAAAUUCAACAACCAGAAGCUGAAGGUCGAGCCGGGCUACCCCAAGUCAGCCCUGCGGGACUGGAUGGGCUGCCCGUCGUCGGGGGGCCGGCCGGAUGAGGGGACUGAGGAGGAGACGGAGGUGAUCAUCAUCGAGGUGGACGAGGAAGGCAGCGGAGCAGUGAGCGCGGCCGCCGUGGUGCUGCCUGUGCUGCUGCUGCUGCUGGUGCUGGCGGUGGGCCUCGCCGUCUUCUUCUUCCGACGCCACGGGACCCCCAAGCGACUGCUCUAUUGCCAGCGCUCCCUGCUGGACAAGGUCUGACCCCCACUGCCGCCCGCCCACUCCUCCCACGAGGACUUUGCCUCUGAAGGCCAGUGGCAGCAGGUGGUGGUGGGUGGGCUGCUCCCGCCGGUCCCGAGCCCCCUCCCCAGCCCCCCCACGUCCCUUCUUCUCUGUCCCAUGACUGGCCUCUCCCCCCCUCCGCGCUGGCAUUGCUUCUUCCCUAGAUGGGUUCCCCCGGAGGCUGAGCAGGGGCCGGCCUCCCAGCCCCUGCCCCUCAGGGGCCCCCGUGGCUUGGUGUGUGUUCAGCCCCAUCUGAAUGUCCGGGCUCUGCACUUGAAGGCAGGACCCUCAGACCUCGCUGGUAAAGGUCAAAUGGGGUCAUCUGCUCCUUUUCCAUUCCCUGACAUACCUUUAACCUCUGAACUCUGACCUCAGGGGUCUCUGGGCACGCUAGCCCCGCGAGCCCCCGGGGGUACCCAAUUGGCAGCCUCCCACCGCUCUUUCUGGCUGAAAGAAAUCUAAUCUUGUUGUGAGGGGGAGACCCUGAGAGAGUGAGGGGGUGAGGGCCGCUCAGCUUCCCUAAGACCUUGGGAGGAAAGCUCAGAGAGGGUCAGUCCUCUCCACCGAGAUCCGCCUCUGCCCCACCUGCCCCCGAGAACUUCCACGGAAGGAGCCUGAGCCAUUAAGGACUAACCUGGGGCUGCAGAAACCCUUGACAGCCCUACCCUCCCAGACGUUAGCCUCGGAUGGGGAUGUCAAGGUUGGAAGAGCUGAGACCAGGGGGUGCAGCUACCGGGGUGGGCCCCAGGAGUCCUGGGGGUGAGCCUGGGGGCCACAGAGAAAGAACCUCACUCAAAUGCAGGCAGCUGGGGUAGGGACCCAGGGGCAGAGCAGUCAGAGAGGACAGGACAGGACCAAAAGGCAAACCAGGGAGGUGCAGCAGGAGUGGACGGCCGGGGGCCGGGCAGGCCAGGCCGGCAGGGACGCCACAGGGUGGGCUGUGGUACCCGGGGGAGGGCACAUUUUAUUGGAGCUCUCAGGAAGGGCCCGAGAAAGGCACACCUGCUCCCGUUUGGUGCCCUGGCUUCAAUCAGACCGCACGGAGGGGAAGGCAGGGAGCCAGAGAAAGGAGCAGAGCGGGCAGGCCUGGGGGACUGGCGACCCGGGACCUUGAUGAGAGCAGCCACCUAGCUGGGAGCCGAGGAGGGUCAGCCUGCCUCCGGGAACGGGCGGGCGCCUGGGCCUGUUGUCAGGUUAGCCCCUCGCUUCCCGACGCCCCCCCACGCCCUUUCUACAGGUGUCCUGCCCUCCCCUCCCCACCCGGCCCACCCAUUUGAGGUCUCCUUGGGCCGCCGAAGGUGGUCCUGGUACCCGGAGACCUGGGAGAGUGAGAGACCACGUGGGGGCAGUGAGCGGAGAGGGAUGUCAGGGGUGGGAGGAGUGUGGUGAACGGUGCUGGCAGUUCGGCUAAAGUUGUCUCGUUUGGGUUUUUUGUUUUGUUUAAUGUAUAUUUUUAUUAUAAUUAUUAUAUAUGAA